UAUCUGAAGAGUGAAGAAGAAGACCCUGCAAAUCUAGGAAGAGGGCCAAUCGCGAACCCAGAAAACCCAUCACCGGAAGUCCGUCGCCGAGGGCAGUGAGAUCCAUCGCCAGCCUCCUCUUCCGUCGCAACCCUCAGCCGAUUUGGAGGAGAAACUCACGCUAAAACAGGUUUUUGGAAUAUGGGAACUAGCAAAACGGAAGUAAAUUUAAGAAGAUUACUCGCUGCUGCGCCUAAACAGCAGAACCAAGGAAAGCUUGUUCAUUAUGUUGCCACUUUACGAGAACAAUUAGAACAACUAGCUGAAGAAAGAACAGCAGAAGGCUUACCAAGAGUUUCAAAAGCUGUGGUGAGCGACUAUUCAGAAAAGAUUGAAGCCAUUGCUUCAAAAUUAAGUUCCAUGGUGCCAGAUUUGGAAGUUCCCCAAGAGUCCUUAGAAAGUACUUCCAUUAAAGGAAGCUCCUUUGUAGUGGAAGAAGAAAGUCGUAUAUCUCCUUCUCCAGGACUGAGAAGGAGAUCUGUGCCUGCCUCAAAUUUCGAAGCUAAAGCUGAGGCCAAUGAUGUUAAUUCUUCAACACCUGUCAAAUUGGAUGCCAUGGCACAAGCACACAUAGAAAAGCACAGGAAGCUUCAAGAGGACUUAACAGAUGAAAUGGUUGGGUUAGCUAGACAACUAAAAGAGAGUAGCCUUUUGGUGAGCCAGUCAGUGCAAAACAGUGAAAAGAUACUUGAUUCUACAGAAGAGGCCAUUGAACGUAGCUUGGCAAGCACUGGUCACGCAACUUCCCGCGCCUCGGAAAUAUACUCAAAGAGCUCUGCAACAUCAUGCCUCACCUGGCUUUUGAUGUUUGUAAUGAUGUGUAUCUUCAUUAUGGUGGUGCUCUUGAUUCGUGUCACUUGAGCUUAGGAAGAUCCUUUCUCCAUUUCCUCAAGUCCUUUAUUUCUAAUUAUAUUUAUAUUCCAAAGUAUAGUCUUCUUUUUUCCUUUUUCAAAUGUUCAUAUAGAAAAUGUGAUUAGGAUUACAUGCAUUUUAUUAUAGCUUCAUUAUUCAAACGAAAGGAAAACAACUUUUUUCGGUGCCUAGGAUUUCAUGAUUUGGUGUAUAAUAUUUGAUCUAACUCCAUUGUUUUAUUUUUUUAUAGAUAUGAUUUGUUGUUGUU